AUGCCGCGCGAACUGCAUAUCGCCCUCGCUGGUCCACGCUUGUAUCCCCUCGACCCCUGUCGGCCUCCAUCCGUGCAUCUACUGCCCGCCUCGCUGCCACACUCGGAACCAUGCGGUCCGCCUUUAUCCGACUACUUUCCCCCACCUUUGGUACAUCCUCCUGUCCGCUCACCCUCGCCUCCUCCUGCGCCCUUCCCCCCACGCGUCCCGAAUCCGUGGCGCGCGUUCCCACCCGGCCCACAGGUGCGGGCUGCUUUCCACCGGCUGGCCAAGCGCACGCACCCAGAUGUGGUGCCGCCCGGCAUGCGCGGCCAGGCCGAGGCGGAGUUCAAAAAGAUCCUCGAGGCAUACCACUUGUUGGCCACUCGUCCGGCCAGAUAUCACCCGAUGAGAAGACGCUCCUCUCCUUCCUCUCCUUCUUCUGCUCACACUACGGCUAGCACGGCUAGAGCAGCAGGAAUGGCAGGGGGGGCGGGAAGCGGUGUGCUUCACGGCAGUGCGGUGCCCCGGGGCAGCAUGUCUCACCAUGGGCUUGUAGCGCUGCCAUUUGUGCUCCUCGUGCUCGGCACCGUCUCACUUGGCACAUCCUGCCUUGUAUACUCGUACAAGAAAGCCACCAAGGACAGCAAGUCCAGGAAUCCAUUUCUUCCAUAG